UGGGGAUGGCGCGGAUGAGCAGAGUCCGCUGCUUCCUGCGUCCGUCCGGCGGACGGGCGCGCAGAUCCGGGGCAAGUCCCGCGCGGCCUGCGCCCCGCUCCUCCGUCUGCUUCCUGACAAGCUGAAGGAGGAGGCGCUCUCCUUCGACAGCCCCACAGUACUGAAUAUGCUGCUCGGUCUGUUCCUCGGCGGCCUGCUGGGCCUGACACCGCCGCUGCACCGCGCGUUCUUCAACAAGAACGAGGACGGGGGCAUCUUCAAUGCCUGGCUCGUGCUGAGCAUCAAGAACAUUGGCAAGCUGUUCACUACCCUGCAGCUGUUCAUCGUGGGCGGAAAGCUGGGCGUCAGCUUCCAGAACAUUCAACGCAGUGCGAAGAGCGGGCACGUGCCCUGGCGUGCCGUCGUGUUUGUCUUUCUCGUGCGGUUUGUGCUAUGGCCUGCGAUCAGUAUCUCGUUGGUGUAUGUGUUCGCCGCGAAGACGAGUCUGCUGGGCGAUGACCCCAUUCUCUGGUUCAGUAUGAUGCUCAUGCCGACGGGGCCUCCGUCGUUGGUCAUCUCCGGGCUGGCCGAGUUGGCGAACGUCUCCGAGGAGGAGAAGCUGACGGUUGUCAAGGCUUUGACGAGCCAGUAUUGUCUUUCGCCGUUUACGUCCUUCACUGUAGCUGGGGCGUUGCACGCUUCGGAGAAGAUUUUUGCGCAGUCGGCCAAGUAGAUGACUGCCUGGCGCUGACGUAUAAGGCUGUGCAGAUUGUGUCUUUGGGGCAGUAUAUAAAUAUGGGAAUAUAUCUUGGUGAUAGAGGAUGUUGGACACGCUAUGGUCCGGUCAGAUGGUAUAGGGGUAGAUAUAGAGUUGAAUACAUUCAUACUGUC